GGUCAAGACUUGAGAGUAAAUUCUCUGGUCUCGGAUAAAACAAGGGAAAUUUUGGACAACUUUGCUACUGCAUAGAAGAACAUUCAAGAUUCUGGCUCUCAUGAACUGGAAAAUGUCACUCACAUACAGGCAUCUGAAGUUCAUUCUCCUGGUGCUUCUGUUGGUCAUGAUUCAAAAAUAAAAGUAACUAGUGCAAUUCCAGCAUUUAAUCGAAUACAGACUGCUGAUGUCAAUGAUGUUGCCAGAGUGAUGAAGGAAAUUUUCUCUGAAACCUGCUCAUCAAAAUCUAGAGCUGGUGAAACUGCUGGGAGUGAGGGAAGGAAUACUCCUACUGCACCAUUAUCAAACAAGACACUGGAUGAGUUAGAUGAAAAAAGUCUAGAUUGUAAAUCAGCUGUCAGCACACCAGCUCAUGAAAAAACUGCUCCAGCUUGUGAUGUUCCAAAAGAAGAAAGUAAAAGGCUAUCCAUUUCUGAAGCUGAUGCAAAAGCACCGGAAAACAAUGCAUCUCUUGUGGCUGAGGCCUCUGUUCAGAGAGCUGAUUCUUUGAAACCUGAAUGCAAUACUGGCCUAGAGAGUGAUGCAAGUUCAAGACAGGUUCGAGAUAAAAAUUUAAUUACAGAGCGUAAUAUGGAGGUUGAUAGUACAUGCCCUCGGCAUGAUGGUGGCAAGAAAGAUGUGUCUGAAAGAACUGCUUCUGGUAGUGAUCAGACAGGUUCUAGAUUUCAACCUGCCUCUCUCAGUCCAAUGGAACUGCCUCGAACUACUGAGAGUGAUAUAACCAACAUGGAAGCUGGUUUUAAAGAAUUUCCUAAAGCUGAUAAUACCAGCGAUAAUUACAGAGUGCCCCCUCUGUUUCAGUUACAGUGGAGCCUUUUACUAAUGAUUCUGAAACCAAAAAAGAAAGUCCUGGUAUGACUGAAGUGUAUUCGGGGAAUGAAGCAAACCCUUCUUUGAAAGGAAAGACUUCUUUGGAAAUUCCAAAUUCAUCGCCGCUUGAUAUUAGUUCUCCUAAAGGCUGUGUCGCUUGUGAUAGUUCUGGAGAGAAUGCUAUGGUUCUGUUGAGUUCAGAUCACUCAGCUUCUAGAAGCAUUCCUGAUUCAACUGUUAUUCCAUCUGAAAACAGCACAGAACCUUCUGCAAGAGGAUCUUUGGAAUCUUCUAUCGAUGUUACUGACCAUCCAGGAGAGUCUUUAGACUCUCUAGCUAUAUGUCCAAUUAAGUCAGGCAUGGAGGAGGAACCUGCUAUGGUUGAAAAUAAUUUCGAGUUUGAAAGAGAGCCUUCUUUAAAAUCAUAUCCUAAAGCUGCUGCCCUAGAUGUUCAAAACCUCGGAGGUGAUGCAAUGUCCACAAAACCUGAUGUUGAUGAUGUACUUCCCGUGACUUCAAAUAUUUCUCCAAAUCCUGUUCAUUCAGCCAUGGUGGAAAAUCCUGCUGUUACUGAGAACGAAUUGGGAAGGGAAUCAAAACCUUCUUUGGAAAAGUCUUUGCAGCCCUCUUUAGGAAUCGAGAGUGCCGACGGCAAUCAUGUUGACCCUUUGGAAAUAGAAGCAUCUGCAGAGAAAUAUAUUACAGCUGUGUCAAGCAUGGAGCAUGUUCCCGUAUAUCACAUUAAAAUGCAUCUUGAAGUAGGAGUUGCAAGUAGUGAAGGUGAUAAUAUUCAGGUUGAAAACACAAAUGUUAACACCUUAGAAGCACAGACAACUUCGGCAGAAAUUACCAUCGAGGAGUCCAUGAUGGAAGAUCAAUCUCAUGAGCUCUUGGCGAAGUCUUCUUUAUUGCGAUCUGAUAAUAAAGAACUUGUCUGGAGUUCUGAUGUUGAUCUUGUUGAGGCCUCCAAUGUGGAAUCAAAUCCCGUAGGACCUUUGUCGUCAUUAGUCGUCUCUGACGAAUCUACCAAUCCAGAGCUUAUGCAGGUGUCUUCACUGCAAUCUGGCAAUUCUAAUGAUAAAGAGCUUGUUCUGAGGUCUGAGGUUGAUCUCAUCGAGGCCUGCAACGUAGAAUCAAAUCCCACAGAGGAAGGACCAUCCUCAUCACAAGUCAUCUCCGAUGAAUCUGCCAAUCCUGAAGUUGCACGUAACAAUAAUGUUGGAACUGAGCUCCAAUCCGAAGAUCAUGCUGAGCCUUCUCAGCAGACUAAGUCUGAAACUGCUGAUGUUUUCAAUAUGGAAGUCGACUCCACAGAAAUAAAAGUUCCUCCACCCCAACCGGAAGAUCAUGACAAAGCUUCUCAGCAGCAUAAGAUUGGAAGUGCUGACCCCUCCAAUAUGGAAAUAGACGCCACUAAAACCGAACUUCAUUCACCCGGACCGGAGGAUCAUGACAAAGCUUCUCAGCAGAAUAAGAUUGGAAGUGCUGACCUCUCCAAUAUGGAAAUAGACCCCACUAAAACCGAAGUUCAUUCACCCCAACCGGAAGAUGAUGCUGAAGCUAAUGCAUAG